AUGGUUGUUCCAGAUUCUUUCAUCUCGGAAGAUUUUGAUCACCAAUUUUUUUAUCAAUUUGAUGGAGAAAAUUAUUCCAUUUCUUGUGUAUUAUAUUCACAAUCUUUGAUCGAAAACGUACUAAAUAAAGAAAUGUUCGGAAUAGACAUUGAUAUAAAUAAUGUGAAUAAUUCAAGAUGCAACAAGUUAUCAUUAUCCUUGCAACAAAAGUUCCGUCUUGAAAAUAACUUGAAGAUCAUUCUUCCUUCUUAUCUUUCAAAAAAUCACAUUCCUCAAAAUGAAAUGAGAUCAAAUUCCGACGGAAAUAUGAAUGAUAAUUGUGAUGAAAAUGAGGACUCUUCCCAAGAUGACAAUUUUUUUGAGGAAGACUUAACAUAUAGUGACAUAAUUUCUUAUCAGGGUGAUAGCGUUCAUAAUUCUGUUCAAAAUGUCAAUCAUCACAAUCAUUCACAACAGCUAGUUGAUUUUAAUAACAACUUACAGCAUCAAAAUUUUUGUCAACCCUACGUUUCCAAUAUAGAAACGAGAACAGAAUAUAAUAUACAUACGAAUUCAUUUCAUUUACCGAUGGAACAAGUCAUUUCAGAUAUUAAUCAAAAUUAUGACUUGUCGAGCAACGAUCCUUUAUUAUAA